AUGCCGGCUAUUUUCGAGCCCUCCCUCCUGCUUUCUGGUCUCUUCCUCAUCAUCUUUGGCCAAUUCGUCACAUCUUUUGCGACGGCGUACUGGCAGAUUCUACUCUCACAAGGGAUUUGCAUCGGACUUGGUUGUGGUCUUGUAUACGUCCCCUCAACAGCAAUACUUUCGCAAUAUUUCCAACGCCGCCGAGCCCUGGUCAUUGGUAUCGCAUCUACCGGCUCUCCCAUUGUGGGAAUCGUCUUUCCAGUCGUCUUUGGCAAGCUUCAACCAAUCAUAGGCUUUUCUUGGGCUACACGAGUGAUUGCUCUCAUCCUCUUGGCCAUCUCAAUUAUUCCUGCAGUCGCCAUGCAUCCACGUAUCAAGCAAAAGGUAAAGGUACGAUCAUUCAUUGACAUGAGCGCGGUUCAAGACCCCAUCUUUGCUCUCGUUAUCGUCGGCUCCUUCUUCGUCUUUUUAACGCUAUAUGUUGCGUUCUUUUACAUCCAGCUAUUCGCCAUUCAACACAAAAUUACAUCUGUCGACUUCUCUUCUUACCUCCUUAUGUUGCUGAACGCUGGGAGUAUUCCUGGUCGUGUGGCACCAAACUAUCUUGCUGAUCGGCUCGGUGCGCUGCGCAUCCAGUUGUCAGUAACUACCAUCAGUGCCGUCAUCAUGUUUAUCUGGCUUGGGGUGCAUGGCUUGGGAGGCUUGAUAGUGUUUGCUCUGGCGUAUGGACUUUUUUCUGGAGGGGUGGUAAGCGUCACACCUUGCCUGAUUGUGGCUUUAUCGCCUCAACCCGACAAGAUCGGUACACGCAUGGGAAUGAUCUUUUUCGUGAUGGGGUUGGCUGUUCUGAUUGGGACGCCGAUAGCUGGGGCUCUCUUGGGCAGUGGAGACGGUAGUAAUUGGCGAAACACCAUCGCGUACGGAGGAGGCUCCUUAAUGAUAGGAGCUUUGGCCUAUGCAGGGGCGGCUUUCAUUUCGUGGAAGCAACAAAGACACCACUGA